CAUUUAUAUAGGUUAUUUUUGUCUUAUCCUGUCAGGUGUCAGAAUUUGUCUGUAUCUUUCUGGAAUUCCUAUUGGAUGCUGCCCUCUGAUGUUUGUGGAGUGAACUGCUUUUGGGAAGCUGCUUUUAGGUACAAUUAUCUGAAAACACAGCCUUCUGAGACAGUGCAUCUCGCAGUGGUUGCCUGUGGUGAAAGACUGGAAGAGACCGUUACUAUGUUGAGAUCAGCCAUUAUUUUCAGCAUCAAACCUCUCCAGUUUCAUAUUUUUGCUGAGGAUCAAUUACAUGAGAGCUUCAAAGACAUUCUUGAUAACUUGCCAUAUGAAGGAAAAGUUAAUUACACCUUGUAUCCAAUAACAUUUCCAUCGGAGGGUGAGAAGGAAUGGAAGAAGUUGUUUAAACCAUGUGCUUCACAAAGGCUAUUCUUGCCAUUAAUCCUCAAAGACGUGGAUUCGCUGUUGUAUGUUGAUACUGACAUACUGUUUUUGAGACCCGUUGAUGAUAUUUGGUCUUUUCUGAGAAAGUUCAACUCCACACAAAUUGCUGCAAUGGCACCAGAACAUGAAGAGCCUCGUAUUGGGUGGUAUAAUCGCUUUGCUCGGCAUCCCUAUUAUGGAGUGACUGGAAUAAACUCUGGAGUCAUGUUAAUGAACAUGACACGUAUCAGAAGAAAGUAUUUCAAGAAUGAUAUGACAACAGUCCGGUUACGGUGGGGAGAAAUUCUUAUGCCUCUGCUGAAGAAGUACAAGUUGAACAUAACGUGGGGUGAUCAGGAUCUGUUGAACAUAAUGUUUUUUCACAAUCCAGAAAGUCUGUAUGUCUUUCCUUGCCAAUGGAAUUAUCGGCCUGACCACUGCAUUUAUGGAAGCAAUUGUAAGGAAGCUGAAGAAGAAGGUAUAUUUAUUCUUCAUGGAAACAGGGGUGUUUACCAUGAUGAUAAACAACCAACUUUUAGGGCCGUGUAUGAAGCAAUAAAAAAUUAUUCAUUUGGAGAUGAUCUGGUUCAUUCACUGUUGCAGCCCCUAGAACUGGAACUACAGAAAACAGUGCAUACAUACUGUGGGAGAGUAUACGAAGUGUUCAUAAAGCAGCUGAAGAAAAGCAUAAGAGACUUGUCUGUCAGAAGAUCAAAGGGAAGCUGAUUAAAACUGCAAGCUCUUAAAUCAAGAGACUGAGUUAAUGUACUGGUCAGAAAGUGCAACAGUAUGGCUCGAAUUGGCUCUUAAUGUGCCCAGAUAAAAGUUUACUAGCAUACAUAAAAAUGAAGAAAAUAUUCACGUAAUGAAGAACAGGAACUCCUUUUUCCUGCAAGGGUGACCCUUUUCUCUUUUGAAGGUUAAUCACUGCUACUGUUGGAUCUGAUGAUUUAGAUGCUACUGAUUUCUAUGGUCAGUGGAUUUAGUCUUCAUAAUUCAAUUAUCUCUAAUGAUGAAACAAACAAGGGAGAAAUGAAAAUGGCUCUAUUUGGAAGUGUACCUCAUUAUCUAAAAUUCAUCUACACUGUGAAUGUAGCAAUAACUGAGUCAGCAGCACUAACCUCACUUUAAAGGUGUGAUCACAAAGUUGUUUACAAGUGCAGAAAAUACUCUGUUUUCAAAGAAAUACAAUAUAAUCAUUGACAAUCUGUACGUGCCUUUAUAUAUUCAUCUCUUAUACAUAUUGGGUUACUGUUUUGACAAUCUUGCUGUGCUUAUCUUUGAUGUAAACUGCACACUAUAAAUACAGUUUUCUUAUAAAUGAAUAGCUAGUGUGAGAUACUAGUUUUCUGUCUGUAGAUAGUGAGAAUUUGUUUCAAUAUUGUUGAGCCCUCUUGCCUAGAUGAUAUAGUUGAAUUGAGAGGUUCUGUAUUUUUGCAACAAUAUGAAGAUAUUUUUCAUGGAAUACUUAAAAAAAAAAAGUUUUGCAGCUUUAUAGGGUGUUUUGGAAAUAUGGAAAAAAAAAAGGUGGAUGGUGGAAAGCUGGCUCUGUAUUCUCUUACUAAGAAUCAUUACAUGAUGAUUAUUAUGGAGUAUUUAGUACCUAAAAUUGAAGAGCUGUGGUAAAAGUUCUGAUGUUUCAUCAGACUGUGUAUUAGAUGUUUUCUUUAGAGAAUAUAUCCUGUUACCAUGUUUUCGGUUUUUUUUCCUUCAAAUAACAUGGAUUUAAAAUAGUUUUGGGCAAGACCCUUGACUGCAUGAUUAUAUUAAUAUUGAAUAGGGUGUUAGUGAUUUACAACAGUUAAGGAUUAAGCUUUCCGUAGGUAUCUUGAUGAAAAAAAAAGUUUAUGCAAGGCAAAUUUUAAAAGAGAAAAGCAUAGGAAAAGAAGGUUGAAUUCUAAUGUUACGGUAAAAUACUAUUUAAACAUGCAUGGUAUUAAAUGUAUUUGUAAGUGUACUUGAAUUGAACUCAUAACCUGAGAUGAAGCCUUUAUAAAGUGAGUUUUUUGAAUUCCAGAAAAGCUCCUGUGUGAUGAACCUUGGAGGAUCUACUUGCUGACUUGCGCCUUCAUUCUAACUCCAUUUUAGAAGCUUAGUGUUUGUGGCUCUUUCUUUGACAAAGGCAGACUGGUUUGGAAUCUCAGAUCCACAUAAGCUUUAGCAGUACAGAAGCGCACUCCAUUGUAAGCAGAGUUUGUGUUCUGCACCUAUCCUCCCUGCUGGCUCAGGGUGUAAAUCUGUGGAAUGCUAAAUAGAAAGUCUGCCUCACAUGUAAGUUGUUUGUUCUCCUUGUUAUGUGUAACCUUUUGAAGUCUGAGAAUCUAGAAAUCUCUGUGAAGGUGAAUACUGUUACUGACUGAUAUAACAGUAUGCAAUACAUUAUUUUUUUACAUAAAUACAAAUUUUAUAUCAA